ACCUUCUGAUGCGACGUCACGCAGCGGCUCCACGUCCAGACCCGGGGCGAGGAAACGGAGCUCUUUAGAAGUUCAAGUCAGACCGUCAUGGCGCUGGGAGACUGUUGGAAGCAGCUGUCCUGGUUUUACUACCAGUACCUGCUGGUCACGGCCCUCUACAUGCUGGAGCCCUGGGAGCGGACGGUGUUCAACUCGCUGCUCAUCUCCGUCGCUGCCAUGGCUGUCUACACCGGGUACGUCUUCAUGCCGCAGCACAUCAUGGCCAUCCUGCACUACUUCGAGGUGGUCCAGUGACUCCGCCCCCUCACCUGUCUGCCUCCGGCUCACCUGUCCAUCCACCUGUCUGUCCGCCUGCUGUCUCCUGGUUUCAGGUCGUUUCCGGCAGAACUCCUCUCCUCUAAAAGCUGAUCCUGAGGACAUGUCGGACCCUGAGGCUGUUUCCCGUCACUCACAGAUCUGUGACUCUGGAUGAAGGUGCGCUUGGUUUUCCUCUCUGAAUCAAACGCACCUCGCUGUUCUGAAGAUGUGUGGUUUAUGGAGUUGACUGUGGACCCCCGUUUAAGGGCCAAACAUGAUCAUUAGAUGCUUCACCAGAAUGUUCAGCCACUUUUAAAUCCUGCUUCCACACAGACUGUAAUCUGAAAUCUGUGCACACUUUGAUUUUUACGUCCUACAAAAUGCCGUCAUCCGUCACACGCUGACAUCAGCUUGCUGAACGGACUCUCAGACCAACGGCACCAAGCUGGAGGUUUGUUCUCAACCAGACCUGUGGCUAAACAUCCGAAGCACAACCUUUUUAUCGGCGCUUUCCACCAAAUCUAACGUUUCCUUCUGCAGAGUUUAAAGAUGCACUCAGUCGAGCGAGUUUCCCUUUUAGAGACGACGUUAUUUCUGAAGCCAAGUCCGAUUCUUGACCUGAAACUUGGACGCUGAAUUAAACACAUACCGUACGCAGACCGCUGCUGCUUUAAGGUGAAGCUUCACUUCAGUAUUCACUGUGUCGUAGCUUUAAAACAUGUGACGGAGCUUUAACACGUGAAGCAGAAGCCGUUUGUGAGUUCACUGACGGUUUAAACUCUGGAUCAGACGUGUGUCCUGAAGGUGCAGCUGUUGUAAUGAACAGUCUGCAGUUAGUUUUUCAGCCAUAACAUGCAGUAAACCAGCGUCUGCCUUUAUCCUCCUGCUGCACGUUACUGCCCUGAUGGAGCAGAGUCGCUCCAACAUGAAGCAGCAGCUUCAUCAGAAUCUGUUCAGGCCCAAACACUUCAGGUGAAAGUUACACAAAAACCUGGAUGUUGUCUCAGAGCUUUGCUUUGUCUUGCUCCAGAGUUUUAUAGUUUCAGGUCUAGACAUGAGUACUAACCAGAGAGGGAACCGUCACUCGUCUGCAACGUCUGAAUAUUGUUUAUAUUAAUGUUUCCCUCCAAACCUCAGAGCUGCUGCAGCCGCAUCAACAGAAACGUCUUUACCUGGAGUUUCCCAACCUGUUGGAGAGUUUCAGCUCUGUGGUCCAGUAGAACACGUCUACCAGCUCUGGUCCUCUCUGAAGCUGAGCUCAGCAUUAUUGUUAAACCAAAGUCCCAGUUAACAGCCUGACUGUGAGGAGAACCUCCGUCUGACAGGACUCUUCUGCUCCGAGGAGAACUAAAAGCACUUAAAGCAGGUUUAUCAGUUGGCUUUCAUGUAGUCAGGUGUAGUCUGAUGGACAUCGGAGACCACUGAUCAGUACAAACACUGGGUUUGAUGAUGCUUCAGAGGAUACAUCUCCACAUCUGGACCAAAAAGACAACAUGUAGAGCAGAUCAGUCCUUCAAACUGUAGACCUCCAGACAUUCCUCUCAUGUCCUCUUCACAUCCUGUUCAUGUGCGGUUUGUCGAGGAUUCGAUGUGAAGGUUUGCAGCUCAUCACGCUAACCAGAUUCACGACCAGUCCUCUCACGUUCCCUUUAAGCACUCAACGGUUUCUCCAGAUGAGUUCCCCUCUGGUGGCUCGGUCCGGACGUCCUCUCACUGCCGCUGCUCUCUGGGACUCGGGUUCUGUUUCCCUUUCAGCAGUGUCUUCUUCCAGCCGUGUACAUACUCUUGUAUACAUAUUUGUAAAGUUUUGUAGUCGGCGUAUAGGAUGAACUGUUUAUGUUUUCUGUGUGCUGCUGAUGCUGAUCCUGUUCUAUAUAACUGAAAUCAUUAAAGGGAUAUUUCACUAAG